AUGUCGUCGAGAGCAAAUUCACGUAGAAUAACCGAGUUGGAGUCUCGUAUUGAUUAUGUCCAAUGUGACGGGCUGGCGGCAAUGAAAAUUAUUAAACAUUGCCAUGAAGAAUCAACGAGUAAUAUGGAAGUUGCACAAGGAGCUUUACUUGGUUUAGUUGUACAAAAUCGUUUGGAAAUUACCAAUUGCUUUCCAUUUCCUAAGAACGAUGAAUUAGCUGAGGAAGAGGAAUAUCAACUAGCUGUAAUGCGUCGGCUUCGAAGAGUAAACGUUGAUCAUUUCCAUGUUGGUUGGUACCAAAGCGCAGAUGUUGGUAAUUUUUUGAGUGUUUCACUUCUCGAGUCUCAAUAUCAUUACCAAACGUCAAUUGAAGAAUCCGUAGUUGUAAUUUACGACACAGCUAAAUCAGCACGAGGAUUCUUGACCUUAAAAGCAUACCGUUUAACUCCUCAAGCUAUUCAGAUGUACAAGGAAAAUGAAUUUACUCCAGAAGCGCUGCGCACCUUGAAAAUAGGAUACGAAAAUCUGUUCGUCGAAAUUCCUAUUGUCAUCAAAAACAGUAAUUUGACAAACAUAAUGAUGUCCGAAUUAGAGGAGUUGAUACCCGAAGAAGAAGGUACUAAAUAUUUGGAUCUUGGCACAGCGUCUGUUCUCGAGAAUCAGUUGCGCUGUAUGAUGGACCGCGUCGACGAGCUGAACCAAGAAGCCAUUAAAUUCAACAGAUAUCAGCACCUUGUUGUUCGUCAGCAACAAGACAAAAAUCGUUUAUUGGCUAAACGCGCUCAAGAGAACGCAAUGCGUGCUGCUAAAGAUGAACCUCCACUACCUGACGAUGAUAUCAACAAGCUGAUGCGCCCACUGCCAGUACCACCCAGGCUCAAUCCUAUGAUUGUUGCCGGACAGAUUAAUACCUACAGCCAGCAUAUUUCACAAUUCUGUGCUCAAAGUUUAGCCAAGCUGUAUAUCACCCAGAGUUUACAGAGCGCCAAGGAAUCUAAGACUACAAAUUAA